GACAAGAAGAUUUCACCCACUCCCACAGAAAUGGAUGACGAGAAAGAUGACAAGAACGCCGCCGAGACAGAGCGAUGCGCCGCCGCCGACUGGGCGGAAUUGACCCACGAAUGUCUCGUCAACAUCUUCUCCCGUCUUUCCUUGCAGGAUCGGUGGCGAGGCGCCAUGCGCGUCUGCAAGGGCUGGCACCAAGUCUGCAAGGAUCCAUGCCUCAACUCGGUGCUUGACCUCGAAUGUUACUUCGAUUCCACCCAUGAGUUGCCCAGAUUCUGGACCCCGGAGUUCGAGCGCAAGAUUGAUAAUAUGCUCGAAUCGGUUGUCGGCUGGAGUGCAGGAUCCCUGACUGAAAUCCGCGUCAGGCAUUGCUCUGACAGAUCGCUCUCGUUGGUCGCUCAGAGGUGCCCAAAUCUUGAAGUUCUUUCUAUCAAGAGCUCUCCUCAUGUCACUGAUGCAAUUAUGGCUGAAAUAGCAUCUGGGUGCCCCAAGAUUAAGGAACUUAAUAUCAGCUACUGCUAUGAAAUAUCCCAUAAAACUUUGGCUAUCAUAGGAUCUUAUUGUCCUAAUAUUUAUAUGCUUAAACGGAACCUAAUGAACUGGUUGGAUCCUUCCCAACAUGUAGGAAUUGUCCCCAAUGACUAUCUGAAUGCUUGCCCUCAGGAUGGCGAUUCAGAAGCUGCUGCUAUCUCAAAAUUCAUGCCCCAUCUUCUCCAUCUUGAACUUCGGUUUUCCAAGUUGACAGCUAAAGGCCUCACUCUGAUUUCGGAUGCAUGUGAGAACCUGGAGUAUGUUGAUUUAUCUGGAUGUGCACAUGUGACUAGUCGGGACAUUGCCACUGCAUUAUCAAAUCUGAAGAAGUUGAAAACUAUCAAGAAGCCCAACUUUUACAUCCCAAGGUCUGUUUUCCAUACUGAAAGAUAUGGUCAUUGGAGACUGUAUGAUCAGCGAUUUCAAACGGAUGUAUUCAGAAUUUGACUGGACAACAGAAAAAGGACAAAAAUACAGAAAGACAGACCGUGAAAUUACCGAGGGAUUGACGAUGUGUGUUCGUUUUGCAAGGUACUGCAACAGUUUCAAAUGUUACUGAGUUCUAAUUUACUCUUUGAUGUGUGUAUAUAUUGUAUCCCGUGCUAUUUGGGAACCCAGCUAUGUGUUUGGCUUGAAUUAUUUUCCCCUUUGUUGACUAGUUUUUGAAUGUGUUGGAACAGUGUUAUGAUUAUACAUACUCAUACAUAUAUAUAUAAAUUAUAUAUAAAAGAGACGUGAUUUGACAAUGAAUAGCAA